AUGGCCGACACUAAAGCAACACCUCGCGAUACCAAGGUCGACCCGAUGGUUACGGAACCACCAUCAUACACAGAUGCCACUAGUGCAACCUCAUCGUCAACCCCGUACGGUGAUGGAAACGUCUUUACAGACCUCCCUCGCCCGACAAUGACCUACUCGGCAGCUCGCCGUGAGCCUUACCAGCCCCGCAGGAAGGGCUGGAGCUACGGCUUCUUUGACUGUCUCCGUGACCCUGCCUCCACCGCCAAAGCCGUGUUCUGCCCCUGUGUCUCCUACGCCCAAACCCGCCACCGUCUCCACUCCCCCAACACUCCCGCUCCAGUGUUCUCCGCUCCUUGCCUCGGCUACUGUUUAGUUGCCUCUGCUAUCCCCGGUGCUGAGUUCAUCUUCGGCUUCCUUCAGCGUGGUGAUAUCCGUAACCGCCUCGCGAUCGACCACACGCUCCCUAUCGGAGCCAUGGCGGCUACCCCCACGCCCACUGGGCAGGGAAUUAGGCUCCCUAGCAGCGAGUUCCAGGAUGACGCCCCACAGGUGAAGGUGUUUGAGACACUAGAAUCUGCGGGCGGGUUCAUGGACGACGUCUUGAGGCACUUCUUCUGUACCUGCUGCUCGCUGGCACAGGAGGACAGAGAGGUGAGGAGAUGGGAGCAGGUCGUGGCAAUGGGGGAGGGGCUGGAGGAGGCUCCAGUGAGAAGAGACGUCGAGGAUGGUGAAACAGAGGAAGCCGAGAGGCUCUUGGGGGACGAGAGGGCCUAG